GGAAAUUGUGGUUGAAAAUGCAUAUCCAAUUUGACAGAUGUUCAUGCAACAUGAAAGGAAAAACAGAAGAGCUACUGUUCUUCAGGUGACUGAGAAUGUCAGUGCAGGAUGUGACCAAACUGUCAGCAGCUAUAUAGGGAGGGGUGUUAUAGUAAGGGUGCAGUGCAUAAGCCCCUCAUUACAAGGAUGAAUACAAAUUUGAGUUCAGUGGGGCAAAAACUACAAUCAAUGGAAUACAGAAAUAUUUAGGGGGAGUCGGGGGAGGUGAGCGAUAUGGUCAGAUGAGUUAUUCGUCACUAUAUUCUCAUUACUGUUUGGGUCCACUCUCCCCCUUGAGCAUCACUGCAAAUCAAUACAAAGUUAUGCUGCCUGAUAAUGUUUUAUCAUAGGAUAAAGGUUAUUAUCCUGAUGCGAAUGCUCACUUCCAGAAUGAAUGUGAAUGUCUCCAACCACAGGUCAUUGGAUCACUCCAUGGUUUGAUAAGUAUGACAAUUAUAUACUGUUGAUCCAAUGUUUUUUUUCUUUCACUGUCACCAGAUUGCAACCCAACUGAACACCUAUAAGAGAUUCUGCAGCAACAUGUUAGACUCUCCACUCUCCAGCAUCAAUAAAACAUCAAUUUAAGGAAUAUCUUUCAGAACAAUGGUGUUCAUACAUCCAGUACAGUCACAGACACGUGAAAACCUGUGCCAAGAUGCACUAAAGCAGUUCUGGCAGCACAAGACAUGUUUUUUUUUUUUUUAGUAUAGACUAUAUUUUGAAACUCCAACCUAUUAUAAAUACAUAUUUGGUGUAACUAGUGUAUUGUAGGGUUUUUUGGUUUGUUUGUUUAUUUUUUGUUUUUGCAGUUGUUGGAUUUCUAUUGUAUAUGUUUAAUAGAAAACACUAUGUUUUAUUACAUGCGUCUCUGAUUCUAGAAAAAUAGGUUUCCUGUAUGUUAAACAGGAACCAAUGUUCAGUGUGUAGGAAGCCGGACGUUUAUCCGGGAUACACCGAGUUUGCUGAAAGUCUACGCGAGUAACUUAAGUUACUAAAACGCAGCAGCUUCAUAGAGUUAAAUACAUAUCUGUGGGUUCGGUUUGUAACGCGUGAGGCUUUUUAUUCCUUGCAAGGUGUGAAUUAAAAUUGACAGGAUUAUCUGGUCCGUUUCUUCUAACGUUACAGGCUUGUAACUUUAAAUAGCUAGCUUGCAAACGACAGACAGUCUUCUCCAGACCUUCUGUAAACAUACAGCUAGAGAUCGGUCGUGUGUGAAAUUUAACUGCUUACCUCUUGAAUUUUCGACUGAGUGAUUUUUGUUGAUUCGUAAAUUUAAUCAGAAGGGAGGGAUCAUCUGUAUACAGAUUGCGUUGCUGUAGCAUGUUGUGCUAAUUGCAUAGUUUAUACCCCAAUAGGCCUGAAGGUGGCAGAUUGGCUCUACCUACCAGCGUCUGUGGCAGAUUCUUAAUACUUUCCUCCAAUUCAGUUAAAUUCUAUGGGUGACAAACGUCAGAGAGCGAGAGUGCAGGGCUCUUGGGCCAAACCUCUGCCCAAACCAACAUGUUCAGCAGGUAGGCAGUGUCAUCUGGCCUGAGCCCAGCUUUCUAUACACUCACUUUAUCAGGAACAUUGUACUAAUACUGGGUAGGGCCUUGUUUUGCUCUCAAAACAGCCUCAGUUCUUGAUGGCAUGGAUGCCACAAUAUAUUUGAGAUUCUGGUCCAUGUUGAUAUGAUUGCAUCACGCAAUUCCUGCAGAUUUUUCAGGUGCAAUUUCAUGCUGUGAAUCUCCCGUUCUACCACAACCCAAAGCUGUUCUACUGGAUUCAGAUCUGGUGACUGGGAAGGUCAUUGAAGAACACUGAACUGAACACUGAAUCCAGGAACUCUGUCAUGUUCAUGAAUCCAGUUUGAGAUGACUUUUGCUUUGUGACAUGGGGCAUUAUCAUGCUGGAAGUAGCCAUUAGAAAAAGGUAAACUGUGGCCAUGAAGGGAUGCACAUGGUAAGCAACAAUACUCAGAUACACUGUGGGAUUCAAGCGAUGAUUGAUUAGCCAAGAAAACAUUUCCCACACCUUUACACCACCUCCACCAGCCUGGACUGUUUACACAAGGCAGGUUGUGUCCAUUGAUUCAUGCUUUUCGUGCAAAAUUCUGACCCUACCAUCUGUGUGAAUCAGCAGAAAUCAAGAUUCAUCAGACCAGGCUACACUUUUUCCAGUCUUCAGCUGUCUAGUUUUGGUUAUCCUGUGACCACUGCAGCCUCAGCUUUCUGUUCUUGGCUGACAGAAGUGGUCACACAUGGUCUUUUGCUGUUGUAGCUCAUCUGCCUCAAUGUUGUGUAUUCUGAGAUGCUUUUCUGCUCACCACAAUUGUAUAGUGUGUUUAUCUGAGUUACUGUAGCCUCUCUGUCAGCUCCAACCAGUCUGGCCAUUCUCCAUUGACCUUUCUCAUCAACAGGGAGUUUCUGUCUGCAGAACUGCUGCUCACUGGUUGUUUAUUUUUUAUUGCACCAUUCUGAGUAAACUCUAAAGACUGUUGUGUGUAACGAUCAGCAGUUACAGAAAUACUCAAAUCAGCCUGUCUGGCACCAACUAUCAUACCACGGUCAAAAUAACUGGGAGAACAUUUUUCCCCCAUUCUGAUUGCUGAUGUGAACAUUACCCGAAGCUGCUGGCACAUGCCUGCGUGAUUUUAUGCAUAGCACUGCUGCUAUACAAUUGGCUGAUUGGAUAGUUGCAUGACUGAGUAGGUGUACAGGUGUUCCUAAUAAAGUGCAUAUUGAGUAUAGCUCUAUUACAGACCAUCAAAACUAAUAGCCCUUUUUCUAACACAGAGUGAAAUGCAUAAGUCAGCAUCCAUUUUGCAAUUUGGAUCCAGGAACACUGCUUCAAAUUUGUUUUAUUAUGGGAUAACUUAUGGAGUUGGUUUUAUGAAUAAAAAAAUGAUUAAAUACCACAUACUGUCAUUAAAAUGUUUCACUAGCACAUGUGGAGCAAAAUUCUGGGUCAUGGAAGGCUGGACCAGCAACAUAUGCAUUCAAUCAACCCUCUGAUCCCAUCAGAGUGAUACCUGUGGAGAAGCUGAUCGAAGAUGCUGGGGUUUAUGAGAUCAGCCAUGGUCCCACCGGAGUAUCCAGCAUCGUGUUCUAUUUGUUCUAGACUGCAGCUCCUUCCUGGGUUUUUGCCACAGGAGCAAGCAGACUGGAUGUUCUCUAAGCUCUUGGCUGAGCUUCCAUGGUCACAGAAGACCAAUUAUGGCAUGAUGGGUGAAGCAUAUGUGGAACCGAGGCUGACCUGCUGGUAUGGAGAACUUCCUUACACAUAUUCUCACUCCACGAUGCAAGCCAACCCUGAGUGGCAUCCCAUCCUUCUGAACCUGCGUCAGGCUAUAGAGCGGGAGAUCUCUCAUACCUUUAACUCAUUGCUGUGUAACCUCUACCGUGAUGGGAAGGACAGCAUUGCUUGGCACAGUGAUAACGAGGUGUCUUUAGGUCCUCGCCCCACCAUAGCCUCUUUCAGUCUCGGGGACACAAGAGUCUUUAGCCUUCGGAAGAAGCCUCCUCCAGAAGAAAAUAGCGACUACAUAUAUGCAGAGAAGGUGAAGAUACCAUUGAGUCAUGGAACACUUUUAAUAAUGGAGGGAUGCACACAAGACGACUGGCAGGCAGAUUACUUUACAAAUGGAAGGAAUUCAGCACCUUUUGCUGCUCUCACCCAGCAGUGGCCAUCCUACAAAGUUCAGCACAAGACAACACUAGAAUCUUCCAACAAGAGCCAAGGGGGAGAGUUAAUGAACUGCUAGAUUCAGUUACAGUUGAAACUGCCUUGUUUGUAUGCCUUCAUGUGUCUACAUUAGGAAAAGGCUGAGA